CGAUUGAAGAGGGAAGGCGAGUCUCUCAUACGCUCUGGACUGGUGUCCGUCAGAAACACUCGCCACCCUUCACGGCAGCAAUUUAGGUUGAACCAGGAGCGAAUGCGUCUAGGGCUGGCUCCAGCUGUCCAAACAGUCGACGUAGGAGGAGGGCAGGCUCGGACAUGGAGAGAAACAGCAUUGACCCGCCUGAGAGUUAUCGGUGAUCUUUGCAACCCGUGAGGCCUUAACAUUUUCAUCUUUCUUUUCUCUUUUGACAUAUAUAUGUGUCUGUACGUAUGUAUGUGUGCAUAUGUUAUCAUCCAUACAUGCAUACAUAUAUGUAGCAAGAAAAUCCUGUGAUCUACCAAGCCGAAGGGAGAAAAAAUUCUACUCGUUAAUGGACUGAAUGAACAACGCGUAUAGAUGUAUAGCCAAAGAGGUAUAUGCCAUGAACCCGGAGAUUACAAUGGACAACAUUGGGAAUUUGCAUGGUGGAAUAAGCCAUGAGCAUUCAACGGGCGAUCUCAUGAACAGCCAUCAGCGGCAGGCGGUUUCGGUGGCUCAUCGGGAACUGACGACUAGAUCUGCAAUGGUAUCCGGUAUGGCUUCCAUCCUGGAUGGGACAGGGGAUUACCGCCCGGAGCUUUCCAUCCCGCUGCACCCGGCCAUGAGCAUGUCCUGCGAAUCUCCACCUGGCAUGGGCAUGAGUAGCACCUAUACCACACUCACGCCACUCCAGCCCUUGCCUCCCAUAUCCACCGUCUCGGACAAGUUCCACCACCCUCACCACCACCACCACCACCACCACCACCAUCACCACCAGCGACUCGCGGGCAACGUGAGCGGGAGUUUUACCCUGAUGCGGGAUGAGAGGGGGUUGCCUGCCGCCAUGAAUAAUCUCUACAGCCCGUACCACAAGGACAUGCCCGGGCUGACACAGAACCUCUCUCCCCUGUCCAGCAACCCUCUGGGAAAUGGCCUUGCUUCAAUCCACAACAGCCACCAGGGCAUCCAGGGCUACGGUUCUAACAGCCACGAGAAGAUGCUCAGCCCAAACUUCGAAUCUCACCCGGCCAUGCUGGUCAGAGGGGACCAGCACUUGCCCCGGGGUCUGGGAGCCCCGCCGGCGGGCAUGAUGCCACAUCUGAACGGCAUGCAUCACCAUCACCACCACGAUCACCCAAGUCACCAUCAGUCUCACGGGCCAGUGUUGGCUUCGAGCCGCGAUCGUCCUCCUUCCUCCUCCGGAGCGCAGACCACCAGCUCGGGCCAGCUGGAAGAAAUUAAUACCAAAGAAGUGGCACAAAGGAUCACAGCGGAACUCAAACGCUACAGCAUUCCGCAGGCGAUCUUCGCUCAGAGGGUGCUGUGCCGUUCACAGGGAACCCUCUCUGACCUUUUAAGAAACCCCAAGCCUUGGAGUAAACUUAAAUCGGGACGGGAGACCUUCAGGCGGAUGUGGAAGUGGUUGCAGGAGCCUGAGUUCCAGAGAAUGUCAGCCUUAAGGCUCGCAGCAUGCAAACGCAAAGAACAAGAACAGAACAAAGAGAAGAGCAAUACACCAAAGAAGCCACGGCUAGUUUUCACUGACCUCCAACGCCGAACUCUUUUCGCCAUUUUCAAAGAAAAUAAGCGUCCAUCCAAGGAGAUGCAGAUCACAAUCUCGCAGCAGCUCGGUCUGGAGUUAAGUACCGUCAGCAAUUUCUUUAUGAACGCCCGGAGGCGAAGCCUGGACAAAUGGCAGGACGAAGCCAUGUCAAGCCCAGGCGCUUCAUCGUCGACCUCAAGCACUUGUACCAAAGCAUGAUUGAGGACAGUGCACUUGAACUGGGCACAACUCAACACUUUUUUCUUUUUAUUUUGCUUUUUCAAGAGGCUGUUCAGUGGUGAGUGCAUAAGCACAAUCUUCAUUAACACACUUUUUUUUUUCCAAUUGAAUAGGGAUGCCAUAUAAUUUAAUGCGUCUGGCAUUAAAGGUUAUCCCCAAAUUCUCUUGGGUGCCUGCUGCACACUGACACCGAACCCGAGGCUCCGUUUUGGUGCAUUUUCAGAUGUAAUCAGGCAGGGCAUAAUGAGUUAUUUUGCCAAGCAAUAACUUAUCCAGUGCUUUGCCUGAAAGUUAGAGGGAAAAGAAUGAACACCUUUAAUCAUGAAGUUCAUCUGUGAGUUGGCUCGGUUGUCAGUUCGUGGUAAGGCGACACAACGACAUUUGAUGUGGGACAACUUGCACAGACACCAAAAGUAGGCGACACCCAUUUUAACCAUGAUUUUUAAAAAUAAACAUCAAUAGAAUUAUUGGAGAACAUUUGUACAAUCAUGCUACCUCAUCACUGAUCGGCCUGUUUUAUGAUGGGCUGUUGGUGAUGAGUACGCAAGCACAAACUAUCAAAACACAUUCUGGAUAUUUUCAAACCUACCUUCAAGCUACACAAUUUGAUUUUUUUGAAUGAUGCCAUGAAACGUGUGCUUGCCACCGUAUCCACUCCUUGGGUAGAGCGGAUAAUGGUGAGGGUGGCAGCAUUACAUUCAUGCACAUUCCUUGCAUUCUAUUCACUGGCAUUCUGUAAUGUGUAGUCGUGUGGUUGGUACCCUUUUCCUUCUCGCCCCCCCCGAAAACCCUAACACCCGCUGUUAGCUGUCCUUGUUAGUAAUAAUUGUUUGUCCAACCGUUGCAGAUCACUAUGCAUUCAUAUACUUAGUUUCAAUUCCUGAGCAAGGCUAGUUUAGUAUUGCAAACGCACUGAGUAGCCCGUGGAAAGGGGGGCUCCCCAUGUGCAGAAGCACAAGCAUUACAUAGCUUUAUUUUUCCUAAAACUGAGGCAACAAAGUCUCUCUUCCUCCCCCUCCCUCGUCCACAUGUGCACAUUCACCACUGAACGGGUCCUUUAAGAACAUCCCCGGCGUGUUCAAAGGCAAGCCAAAGGCUAUAAAGACUCUCAUGAAGACACUUGAUACUUUUUUUUCUAUUUAUUAUAAAAUCGAAACCAAAGAAACUUUUUCUGCACCUAAUUGUUCUGCAACAAACUUGUAAAAAGAAAAGCACGUCAGGAAACAACGUAGGCACUGUGUUUCAAUGGAUGUCUUAGUCGUUUUAGGGAAGCAGAGUUUUGAAAGGGUUAAAACGCAAAGUAGAAACAAGAAGAGAGCAAUGCAAGAGUCAUCGCUGCUUCAUUUAACGACAUUCUCCGCCUCUUAAAGUUGAAUAUUGUCUUUAACGUGUGCCUAUGCAGUUUUUGAGAGACGUUGUACAGAACAACAGAAAACCUCUUCCGCUUCAACCAAAGUCAGCUUCACAAAGACGUGGAUCUGUUUGUAUUUUUUAUGCAACACAGUUGGAUACUGUUUGCAUCACUGGCCCGUCCUUCAAUGACGGGUUAAGAGAGGGAAACCCCCUACUCAAUUUUACAAUUUCCUUUUAAUUAGCAAAUUCCAAUGGAACGGAUACCGACAAAUGGAUCCAAAUGGCUCCAAGCACAAGAUGUUAAGGUGCAGAUUAAACACCUCUACCAAAGACAGCAACCUAUUCCCAUAUCGCGGUAAAGGUAACUAAAUAUGGGAGGGUUUGCAUAUUGUAUGUUGUAUAACAUUAAUUACUAAGCAUUACUGUGGCAUCUGAUUUUAGUCAUAUAACAAACAUUAUACAGAUCCAAUAUUUCUUACAUGUUUCCAGUUGGAUAAUUUAAAUGAAAUAAUAAUUGUAAUGAUUCAAUUUAUUCUAAUUUAAUACAGUUCAUUCAAUAUUAAUAUAUUUUAAAUUAAUUUACAAGUACUGUCAAAUCUAGUUUAAGAUUUAUAAUUUUCUAUUUUGAAAUGUUGACAUGAUAAUUAUUUAAUUUAGAAGGCUCAGGAUCUAUUGAAUAAUAGAUAUUUUUCAUACAGUUCACUUCAUCGCAAGCACAACAAGCCCACUGGUAAUGUUCAUUGGUGAAUUUUGUCAAUGAUUACAAUGGCUAAUGUAUCAUUUGUGCUUUAACCUAAGAAUCCUAUGCGUUUCUUUUUCAUUGUGUGUCAAUUGACCUUUAGCUCAGCAUCUUGUGCAUGGAGUUCAUGCACACGUCUAAGAUGAGUUCAACUUUCAAGAAUAUCAGGAAAUCUCCAAGAACUUUACAAAAAGAAGACAGUGCAGUAUUGAUGUACUGUAUUCCAACGGCUUUAUCCAGGAAUGUGGAAGCUUUUAACCUUAACCAAAGCUAUAUCCAAAGAAACCAAACCGAUUGGACCAGCAAAUUGAAGGUAGUCCCCACAGAGAGAAUCAACAGUAUUUUCCCAGUGCAGCUUUUAUUCUUUUUUUUAUCAACUUGGUUGUUAAAAAUAGGUAUACAAUACUGUGGCAAAAAGAUCAGACAAUUGACCGUGAUAUUUGCAUUGCAAGUCACAAUACCCACAUACCAUGUAAGUGAUUUAACUAACAAAAGUUGAUUUCUAAACAAUUUAGUAAUUUUAAAGUGCUUUU